AUGCCUUUGCGGCAUGGGGGUCACUGUAUGGCGAGCCGAAAGACUCCUCGUGUGUUUUGGUAUGGAGGAAGCAAUCAUUACAUUCAACCCUUUUAUAACAACUCUUUGUCACAUCAAUCUCAUCCCAUGAAGAAAAUGACUCCUGGUGGAGGCUCUAAUGGCCAGAUACAUUUAGCCCAUGUUACGGUUCACAGUCAACCGGACAGCUUGCCAAGCACGCCGUCCGACGCUGGUCAUUCGCCGAGUCUUGCCAAAGGUCGAAUGAUGAGCGGAACACAAGCCUCAUUAGAGGAUCAAGGCAUCGAUAUGAACAGUCCAGGCAGGCAUAGUCCGGGUGGAAGCAGUGGCGGAAGUAGUAUAUCUAGGCAUUCUUUAUCAAGUCUGGAUAGUGGUCGGGCUUCUGGAGCGGGAUCCGACGGAAAAGCUGUGAAUCGUCGAUUAUCCAUUCAGAGUUAUGAGGGGACAUCACCUCAGAGGAGAUCCUAUCACAGUUCUAGUUCUAGCAUUGCCAGCGUCGGUGAUGACUUGGGGCCGGGACCCAACGUCGCUGAAAUGGUUUUGCAUGGGUUGCCGGUGAGUACACCAUAUUAUAAUCCACUCCUUAUAUUGCCUGUUUAA